AUGGACAAUACUUCCAAAGAAGAAAAUACUGUAUUACAUAGUAGACAAAUGCCUGAAGAUAAUUAUAAAAAAAAUAUAAAAAAUAAUUCCGAAGAAAAUAAUAACCAUGAAUUUCAUUACAAAGCGACACUUUUGCGUCAUACUUACAAUUUAAACCCUGAAACAAUAAAUAAAUUGCAAGAAAAUUUUAAAACAUACUUAAAUAUCUUCUUAGCGUAUAUACGAACAGACAAAUCAGAAUCUUCAGAUUUCUUUCAGCGCGUUACACUCGGAAGAUUCUUUAAGAAGUUAUUAAUGCUAAUUAAAUUUAUAAUACACCCGAUUAAUCGCGAUGAAUCAUUGAAGCGGUUAAAUGAUAUGAAUGACGUGACUUUAUGCAAUAGAAUGCUGUAUGAAGAGUGUCGGAAGUUUUUUGGAUUAACAAAAGAUUUUUUAUUAGAACCGAAAAAAUUCGAGCAAGAAGAAUGGUCUCUUAAUGAGUGGGGCAAGAAUUAUUGGAAUUUUCUACACGCUUUAUCUAUUUUAGUGCAGUAUGAGAAUAAAUAUAAGGAUAAAGCUUUGUUUCAAAUAAUUAUGAUUAUAAUUUCAGGAAGCCGAUUAUUAAUAUUUUUUUUUAAUAAAAAAAAAAACUCUAUUUACAAAAUACGGUCUUGA